GCUCUCCCUGGACCCCGCAUUCACUAUAUCCGCUCUCCCCGGACCCCGCAUUCACUAUAUCCGCUCUCCCCGGACCCCGCAUUCACUAUAUCCGCUCUCCCCGGACCCCGCAUUCACUAUAUCCGCUCUCCCCGGACCCCGCAUUCACUAUAUCCGCUCUCCCCGGACCCCGCAUUCACUAUAUCCGCUCUCCCCGGACCCCGCAUUCACUAUAUCUGGUCUCCCACAGUACACACAACAUGGAAAUGCAAUUAUUUUAAUAAAAAAAACAACUCUAGCAAUACACACCAAACUGAGCAUGCGCAGAGUGUAUCUACACAAUAUGUCUUAUCAGGAGAUAAG